AUGUCCCCCGCGGCAGAUGGCGACAGCGGCGGUGACGGCGACUGGCGCGAGGGGGCCAUCUCCCCAUUGGAAGAGUUCGAUGGCGCUCCAUUCUCCUCCGGGACCAGUACGGCAGGUGGAGGUUACGGCAGUCGGUACGGCAGUAGGUACGGCGGCCUAUCGCGGAGCACCAGCGCUAUGACGGGCGGUGGCAGCAUCGGGGCCUCGGAGGGCUGGGACAGCGGCGGGGCGUUGUACUAUUACGACAGCCGCCCCGCCUCCACGGCCGGACGUGUCACUAUGAGAACCAGCUCUGCCGGAGCAGGUGCCGCUGCCGCCGGCUACCCUGCUCUCGGCUACCCUGCCGCUGGCGGCGGAGGCGGCGGCGGAGGUAACUUCGCUGGCGCAGCCUUCAGCGGCGGCUACCCGACUGCUGGCCUUAGCCCUUUAUUGCUGCCCGUCUCAGGCGGCAUGACGCCCACGUCGCGGCCGGGUACCUCAGAUCCGUACGGCGGCGUCAGCGGCCUGGCAUCUCCCGUCUCCGGCAGUCCCAGCAAGGUCGGUCUGUCGGCGCGGCAGAGAGCGAUGCUAGACGCUUCGCAAGUGGGGACCUUCCGCUUUGCGCGCAUCAAACGUGCCGCGACGCCUUUGUCAGUGGCCAGCGCCGGCGGCGGCGCCGUCAGCCCGACGGCGCUAGAUGUAGACGACGGUGGCGGCGGCGGCGGCGGCGGCCUUGGCGGCGGCGCAUCGUCAACGCUGGUGCUACCCGGCGUCAACGCUGCCGCUGCCGUACGUGCACCAUCGUCCAUGCGCGUCGCCGGUACCAUGGCGGUCGCGGCGGCGGCGUUCCAGUCGCCGAUGGCGCCGUACAGGCGCGCCGCACCGCCGUUGCCGGCGGCGAAUUACCGGUCGUCGCAGGGUGGCAACGGCAGGCUGCAGGGCGACGGCGGCGGCUCGCCGCUGCCGUCUCCGUCAACGGCCGCGCUGGCGUGUGCCAUCGUACAAGAGCUCAACGCGCGACAUGGAGAUCGCGACGGGCUGGGGCCGCCGGCGAAUGGCGUGUUGGACGACAUGGCGCGGGUUGCGGAGGCGGUACCGGUGCUGCCCCCCUCGGCACAGCGUACGGAAGUGCUGGCGAAUUUUGUACGGCCCGGUCGGGGCGCGGUAGUCCAGCCAGGCUUGCAGAAGAUGCCCCCGCCACCGGAGAGUGAGGUAAGCGAUGCAGAGGCGCUACUAGGCGCCACGGGCGGCGCCGGCGGAGGCGGCGCUGGCGGCGGCGGCGGCGUUGUCGACUCGUUCGACCCCGCCGCGGCCUCCUCGGCAUUACUUGACGCUGAGCUGGCGCCGCUGCUCCGAGAGGUAGCGGAGAUUAAUGUACGACCGGCCGUACGGGCGGCGCUUAGUAAUCUGGACGACAGAGCCAUCAAGCAGCUCGGGAAGGGGCUGCUGCUGCCACUGCCGGGGCCGCGGGGGGUGCCGGGUUACCGGAUCAAUGACAAGGGUCAGGUCCAUCGCACCAACAAACUCGGGGGCCACUUCUCCCGUAGGACCAGGAAGCGGGGACUCGACGGCUCGGCGUCGGACACAGCCGCCGCCGCGGCGGAGCUGCUACAGCAGCUGCUAGACGACGAUCCGGCAGCCGUAUCGCCCAGAACCCGGGAGCUGCUGAUGGCACAUGCCUCUUCGGAGACCCUCCGAGUGAUGAACGAGCUGGAGCCGCCCGCGCAGCCGCAAACUGCCGGUGGUGGCGGCGGCGGCGGUUCGCCCGUACCCGGCGGCGGCGUCAGCAUCCGAGGCCCCCGGCUUAGCUUGAGCCCGCGGCGCCGCAGCAUCGCUGGAGAGCAGUCCAACCAUUCACAUGCCCACAGCCACGGGCCCCGUAGCGGUGGCGGUGCCAGCAGCCCGCAGCCACAUCCUCCCUCCGCGUCCCACCUUCAGUCGAGCUCCCAUGGUCAUAGGCAUUCCGGCGGUGGCGGCGGCGGCGGCGGCGGCGGCAACCACCAUCACAACCACCUGCAGCAGCACCCCGCAGGUUCAGCAGCAGCAGCUGCUGCAGACGCAGCAUGGAGGGACGGCAGCGGCAGCGGCGGCGGCUGUUGUGCCGUACCCCGAUCCCCGAUCUUCCGUAACGUCAGCGACGGCGCAGUCUGGCGGGGCUCAUCCGCACCAGCAUCAGCACCAUCAGAGGCGCCAUCAACAGCAUCCCCUCCCCGUCGGGGCGCGGUCGAUGGCAGCAUGGAUCGAAGGGGCGACGGCGACGGGGCGGCAGGGACGGGGACGGGGAUCGCGUCGGAGCGGCCGUCGCCGCGAAAAGACAUGAUGACCAAGAUGGCGAGGCUGACCGAAGCUGCUGGCGGCGGCGGCGGCGGGGGCGGGGCCGGCGGAGCUGCCUCCGCCGUGGACUCGCCGACGGCGAUUUCGACUGGCAGCGGUGGCGGCGGCGGAGCUGCGGUGGCGGCCGAUCCCUUGGGGGACCGGCGGCGGCGGCUGGGUCGACUCAUGGCGGAGGUUGAAACACAGCCGCAGCAGCAGCCCGAAAAAAUCGACAUCUUAUCUUGGGCGGGCCCUAUGGGUGGCGCUGACGACAGCUCUGAGGAGGGGGAGGGCGGGGAGGAUGAAUUGGUGACGGAUCAGGAGCUUGGGCUGCUCGCUCCGGACAGGACUCUGGCACAGCUGGCCCCCAACGCCCCGCAGGCGCUGCAGAUCUCCGAUGCGCUGCUGGCUAGGCUGGAGUACGGCGUCAAAAGACGGGCAGCACUGGCGGAGAGGCGGGCGCUGCAGGAGAUACAAACAUACAUACACCGUCCACGUGCCUCCCGCUAUAUCGAGGUGCCUCUGGGUGCGGAGGACCCCCAGGAUGAUCUGGCGGGACCUCUAAGAUCGGGACUGAGGGGUGCCGUACUGCGGAUGCGGCGACAUGGGGAGGCGGGCAGGGAGAACAUGCUGCAGCAGCGACAUGCGCUAACUCAGGGCGUAGGUGCACAGACGCGCUUCGGCAGCACCGCCAGCGGCGGCGGCGGCAGCGGCGACAGCGGCAGCCACUCGCUGCCGCCGCCGCCGACGGCGUACCACCAGUCUAUGCCGUACCGCUCAUCUCCCGCCCACCAGACCAUUCCGUACUACUCCCUGCACCUAACUAAUAACCGUCACAGCCACUACCUGAAUGCACUGUGCGAGCUGCAGACGGACGUGCCGUCUGGCGUGAACGUUAUGGGCACGGGCACGGGUACGGGUAUGGGUACGGGUACGGCAGCGAGAAACGGCUCCGGAACCGUCACGUGGAACCCAUCUGGCAGUCGGAGUGUGUCUCCUAAUCAGGACAGGACCCGCGUGGCUUGGAAUUUGCAGUCGCAGCCGACGCAGCAUGGGCCCGUACAAGGCCGGGAGCUGCGGACAACGACGUCGGCUGCAGAGAAGGCGGCGGCGGCGGCCGCCGCCGCCGCCGCCGCCGCGGCGGCGGUGGACCUGGAAUACGGCAGCGAGGAGCAGCGUCAGAAGCUAGAGCCCGUAUUGGAUGCCUGGGAGAUGGUGGCUAACGAAGACAAGGAGUUGGCUGCUCUGGGCGCCUUCAAGGAGGCCCUGCAGCCCGCCAGUUGGCGACCCACCCCCGCCGACAUGAAGCCGUUCACACCGAUGGAGGGGGAGACAGUGAGGAUUACGGAACAGCAGGUCUCCCGGCGGCUGGUUCAGGCCGAAGAGACGGGAUCCAAAGUUUUGGAUCUGGAUUUCGGACCGCGGCUGACUCUGGGCGAUUUUGGCCCCGUGUAUUCCGCUAUCAAGAACAAGGGCCCUCAGCGACCGGUGCUGCGGGAGCUGGCCCUGGAUGGAAAUCCGUUGGGCCAGGGGGGCGUGUUGGCGUUGAUGCGGCUGCUGCAGAUCAACUCGACCAUCAAGUCGCUUUCGUUAGCCAACGUCACGCUAACCGCCCUUCCCGGGGAGCCCCUGGAGUUGGAUCCCAACCACCCUAACGGUCAUUAUUCGUUGGAUCUGGCCGACCCGGAGCAGCGCAAGGCGGCCGCCACCCUGGUGUCUCUGUGGCAUUCCUCCCGGGGCUCCUCCUGGCUGUCCGCCAGCCUCAACAACGCGCCCGUACACCUGCCCCGAGCCGCCGCCGGCUGCAUCUCUCCCUCCGGAACGGGCAGCUGGCCAGAGUGGGUACGACCGCACCUACGAUGGCCUGAAGCCAUGCCAGGAGAAGGCACACUGGUGGUUUCGGUGCGGAAUAACGCAUCCUUGGAGCCGUCUCUGCUGACGCCCCCGCCGCCGGCGCCGCCGGCGCCAGCACCGCCGGCUGAGCCGGCCGCCGCGGCGGCGGCGGUAGCGCCGCCGGCGCCGGCGCCGGCGCCGGCUGCCCCUGUGGUGGUGCCGCCGGUGACUCUUAGCCCUGCAUUGUUGGCGGUUCUCAUUCAGGCGCUCGACAAUCCUGCGUCGAGUGAGGUUUGGAAGACCCAGCUCCUGAUGUUGACCACCAAGAUCGCCUACGUGACGAGUGAGCAGGCGGGGCGGCUGCUGGGCCGCCUGCGUUACCGGGCGGAGCGAGCUGACGCGGCCGCCACCCUGCUGUCCGCCACCCCGGACCUGCACCGCGCGCCCUGGGCGCUGAGGACCUUUGCCAAGUUCGGACCUGACGAUGUGGCGGAGCUGUUGCAGUCCCAUCGCCUGCUGGCCAUCUUGCUCGUCCAAGUGGCGCAUCGGGACAGUGGCGCUCCAGGGUGGGCUCACCCCCAGGCGGCAGCGGCCGAGGAGGAGUUGUACGGCGCACUUACGGCACGACUGGGGGAUGCCACGUCAUGCAUGCGGGACAUCACGUUCUCUGGAUCGCCGUUGGGACACAGCGUGAUCUACCUGAGCUCCGCUAACAUCCCCACUCGAGGUAUUAUCGACACGAACUUUGUCAAUGUACGGCCCCGUACACACGUCACGUACCCCGGACUUGGAAUGGGCAGGGAGCGGAGGCAGGCACCAAGCAUUCUCUCUGGCAAGCAAUCCUCGGGGCCAGUGACAACGCAAACAAGUAGCAACACGGCGGCGACUACCGCCGCCGCCGCCGCCACCACGGCCGCCGCUACCCCCGCGGCCGCUGGCCCCAUUCCCGCCGCGUCCUCCGCCACCAGCGGCGUCUCGUCGUCGGCUGGUACGACGGCAGCAGUUGCCGCCGCAGCUGUUGCCGUCAGUGGCUUUAGCAACAGCGGCAGCGAAGCCGCCGCCGCCGCCGCCGCAGCUGCGGACGCUGCCAGCAGCCGCAGCAGCGCCACCUCAAGCCGACAGUCCGUGUCCUUGACGGGGACGGCGGCGGCGCCCUCAGUGCCUUUGACAGGUUCGGCCUCCGCCGCCACGACCACCACGUCCACGCCCUCCGUGAAUGCCGGUGUGGUGGUGAUGGAGUCAUUGCGUCUGGCUGCUACUGCCAUAUCCCCCUCUUUGGCGCUGAAUGCCGUGGUCAACAAGAAAAACUGGUGGCAGCAGUACUUGAGUGCCUGGGAGACUGUGUUCAUGGAGGCGCUGUUGAGGCUGGGGCUGCCACACAGCCACUCGUCACUUGCAGGGUGGCGCCAGGCGAGCAGCGUGUGGAAGGGCCAUUACCGCACCUUCUCCUCCAGGUUACACUCGGAGGCGCAACACCGCCACAGGGGGUAUGUGCCUGCCGUACGACGGAGGAGCACCCACGAGGGGGAGGGCAACGAAGGGGAGGCAGGACCUGGCAAGGCUGGCAAGAAGGGCGGCGGCAAGAAAGAUGGAGGCGGGAAGGCAGGUGGUGGAAAGAAGGGCGCGGGCAAGAAGGGCGGUGGCACCGACAACGACGACGCGGCCGCCGGUGGGGCCGGUGGCGGCGGCGGCAAGGCUGGUGCCGGCGGCGGCAAGAAAGGCGGCGGUAAGAAGGGCAGCGGCGGCGGCAGGAAGGGCGGCAAGAAGGGCGAUGCUGACGGCGGCGGCGGCGGCAGUGGGCGGUGGGGCCCCGGCGUGGAUGCCCCCACUCUUCGCAUGUUGAGUUCCCUGGAGCAGAGGGCUCGCCAGCUGGCCCCCCUCAUGGUGAACUUGGCGUGUGGGGUCAGCCUGUCCACCUUCCAGGUGCUCCACAUGUUGCGGCUGCUACCGGACUUUGAGCUGCGGGUCCAGGUCUUGGUGGCGCUGUGGCCUGCAAUCUGGGAUCGUGCCAAUGUAGUGGAUCUAAUCAUGGAUCUGGAUCACCCAGUGGCGCUACCCCCCCAGCCGCGAAAGGCCGGGGCCGAGGGAGGGGGUGGCCCCCAGCAGCAGCAGCAGCAGCAGCAGCAGCCGGGUGCUUCAGGGGCCCCGGCCGACAGCACUGCACCCAACGCCAACACCAGCACCACCACAAACAACGGCACCAGCAGCAGCACCAUCAACAACCGAGUGAGCCCCCACACGGGCGAUGAGCUGCUGCUCAAGGUGGCCUCCGUCCUAGGGUGGAGGUCUCUGUUGCUCUGCUGGGCCACCCCCGGCGCCCUGCACGGCCGGACACUGCACCUCCACAUGGGGGCUAUUGACCAGCUGCAGAUUCUGAGCCGUACAGUACUGUGCCUGGAUCGUCCCGAGUACGGCACUGUAUCUCUCCAGCUUGAAGGCAUCACAGUGGAGGCUCAAAGAGCGGUGGCGGCCAUCACCAUCCAACAUAUGAAAAUCGCAACUCACAACCCCCUUCCUCAGGCUGUAUGGCGGGGCUACCAGGUCCGAAGGGCCUCAUACGCCGCCGCGCUCGCUUCCGGGGGGAACAACCGCUGGCUGCGCUGUUGGCGGAUUGUACGGCACCUGCGGCGGCUUGCCGUGAUGCGCACCCUGGCAGCUGACUUGGACAUCAGUCGUGCUCAGAGCGAAAUGGAGCGGGGCUACCUGCGAAUCCGGGGCGCUCUCCCAGCCCCUGGCUAG